AUGAACCUGUUAAAGCAUGUCCAGAGGAGAGCCAUGGAGCUGAGUAUUGAGCAGGCCCAGGCUGUGGCGGAGCAGGUGGAGAUGAAAGCGAAGGUGGUACAGUCUGAAGUCAAGGCAGUGACCACCAGACAUAAGAAGGCCUUGGAGGAGCGGGAGUGUGAGCUGCUCUGGAAGGUGGAAAAGAUUCGCCAAGUCAAGGCUAAGUCACUCUACUUGCAAGUUGAAAAGUUACGUCAGAACCUAAACAAGCUAGACAACACGAUCAGUGCUGUCCAGCAGGUCCUGGAGGAGGGUCGUACCAUGGAUAUUCUUCUGGCUCGGGACCGCAUGCUGUCUCAGGUGCAGGAGCUGAAGAAUGUGAGAGCCUUUCUCCAGCCACAGGAAGAUGACAGGAUCAUGUUCACUCCCCCUGACCAAGCAUUGUACAUGGCCAUUAAAUCAAUGGGCUUUGUUAGCAGUGGGGCUUUUGCUCCCCUGACCAAAGCCACCGGGGAAGGCCUCAAGCGUGCGCUUCAGGGCAAAGUGGCCUCUUUCACAGUGAUAGGCUAUGACCAUGACGGCGAGCCUCGCCUUUCGGGAGGAGACAUGAUCUCUGCAGUGGUGAUGGGCCCCGAUGGAAACCUUUUUGGGGCAGACGUCAGUGAUCAGCAGAACGGGACCUACCUGGUCAGUUACCGUCCACAGCUAGAGGGAGAGCACCUGGUGUCCGUGAUGAUGUGCAACCAACACAUUGAGAACAGCCCCUUCAAAGUUGUAGUAAAAUCUGGGCGCAGCUACAUAGGCAUUGGGCUGCCGGGACUCUCUUUUGGCAGUGAGGGAGACAGUGAUGGCAAACUCUGCCGUCCCUGGGGAGUCAGUGUAGACAAAGAGGGCUACAUCGUUGUUGCUGAUCGCAGUAAUAACCGCAUCCAGGUGUUCAAACCGUGCGGGACCUUUCAUCACAAGUUUGGCACACUGGGCUCCCGGCCCGGCCAGUUUGACCGCCCUGCUGGCGUGGCCUGCGACAUCUCACGCAGAAUCGUUGUGGCCGACAAGGACAAUCAUCGCAUCCAGAUCUUCACGUUUGAGGGGCAGUUCAUUCUGAAGUUUGGGGAGAAAGGAACAAAGAACGGGCAAUUCAAUUACCCGUGGGAUGUAGCUGUCAACACAGAGGGCAAGAUCCUGGUCUCUGACACUAGGAACCAUCGUGUUCAGCUGUUCGGGCCCGACGGGGUGUUCCUGAACAAGUACGGCUUUGAAGGGGCACUCUGGAAGCACUUUGAUUCCCCAAGAGGUGUGACUUUCAAUCACGAGGGCCACUUGGUAGUGACGGACUUCAACAACCAUCGUCUUCUGGUCAUCCAUCCUGACUGCCAGUCGGCACGCUUCCUGGGCUCAGAGGGCACUGGGAACGGCCAGUUCCUGCGCCCGCAGGGUGUGGCGGUGGACCAGGAGGGGCGCAUCAUCGUGGCUGAUUCCAGGAACCACCGGGUGCAGAUAUUCGAGUCAAACGGGAGCUUUUUAUGCAAGUUUGGCACUCAGGGAAGCGGCUUUGGUCAGAUGGACCGUCCUUCAGGUAUAGCCAUCACCCCUGAUGGCAUGAUUGUUGUGGUCGACUUCGGAAACAAUCGAAUUCUUGUCUUCUAAUCUGUGUUUGAAUUAGGAAGAAACUGUCUCAGGGAAAUUCUUCGAAGAGAAAAUGAAAAAAUACAACGUUAAUUCAAACCUACCUCAUCUUUAAUUUUUUUACAGAUGAAUGUACUUAUCUUUUCUGCAGGGAGUGAGCCUGUAAAAUUGAAUUCUAUCUACCUCAUUGUUCUCCCUUUCCUCCUGGGUUUCUUGCCCCCUUCCGAUCCCCACGCACUCACAGUUCAGAAUGUUUUACCUCUCCCCCAACAGGGUUUCAUGCACAAACAAGUGUUGCUGUGCACAUUAGGUGGUUUGUGAGGUGAGUUCUGUAGACUGAGCCAAAAAAGGCUCUGUGUAACUCUUAAUGGAGAAAAUGGUAGUAGAUGCUCAUAGAGAAUUUGUUCUUGACCAUACUGCAGUUCUGUGGGUGGGGAUGUGGGAAGGGGGGAUUUUUUUUUUAAUUGCUGCUGCAGCAGAGAACUUUUUCCUGUUCUCCUUUUUAUACCUCAGUGUGUUUGAUUUACUGGUGAGCACAGCGUCUUGUUCCCAGAUGACUUUGAGCGUUUUGUGAGAGUAGAGUUUGCUUGCCGGGAAGAGCAAGUUUGCAUCUUUUUGGCAUUUGUGUAUUUUUUUUUUUGAAACGCAGUAAUCCAACAGCACAAAGUAAAACUGAUGAAAAUGCACAAAAAUUAUUUUAAACCAAAUUGUUCAUUUUAGUGGCUUAGUGCAGUCUUGUAAUGUUUAGAUAAAAAUCUUCCCUUUAAUGUAUCCUAUCAUUGAGUAUUUCUUUUUACCCUUUUCACCUGAAAGCUAAAUUAGUUUUUAAAAGUUACUGUUUCUUUUAUCAGUGCACCUAAUCUGCGUAACAGAGGAGAUUACAAGGAGCAUUGAAACAGGGAAAACCCUUUUGAUUUAUUUUCUUGUGAAAUAGCUUUUUUUUUUUUGUCCCCCAUCCCCAUAGUGAGACUUUAAGGGAAUAGAGUUUGAUGGGUUUGUUAAAACAGAAGUGGUACCUUUUUCCAAAACUAAGAAGUAAAGCACAGCUUUGGAGAUUCAGGGUGUGUUUUGGAGAAUUCAGCAGGUUUUUGUGUUUAAAGAGGGUUGCAGUAACUCUCAGUGACAAAUGUUUUUACAUCUUCUGGCUUCCCCAAAGAGCUGGACUGAAAAAUUCAGGAAGGUCUACUGUAGUUUUUAGGGCAGGGUGGCCCUGGAGUUCUAUUGUACCUCUUGCUACAGAUCCAAGUGAAAAGUUGCCAGUACUAGCAUAAGGCAAACUGCAUCAAGAUGAGACUUUGCUGCUUUUUUUU